AUGUUUACGGUGCGAGUGAUGGAGCGAAACGACAUGAUAUACGUCUGGCAUCACAGCAGCGAUGCAGAGCCCGACCACUGCCUCCCAGACCUGUCCAUGAAGUACAACAUUCCCAACCUUACAGUACUCUCCAAAUACACCUACAAGUUAUACACAUCAUCACAGCAAGUAAUGGAAAAUUUAAUUGACAUCGAGCACAAUGAUUAUGUGCAUUAA